AUGGCCGACUCAGCCCCCCGCCUCGCCGCCCUCGACGACUCCAUCGUCUCCCGCCUCCCCUCCUACUCCCAAUCCCUCUUUGCGGCCAAAACCGCCCACGAGCUCUCCUUCUCGGCAAUCGCUGAACACCUCGGCCGGUCCGAGGUUGCAGUUGCGGCGCUCUUUUACGGACAGGCGACGGCCUCGCCGGAGGAUAUCACCAAACUGGCGGAGCUCUUGAGCUUGCCCGAGGCGCAGCUGAGGAAGGAUCUCGGGACUGGGUUCCCUGAUCGGGGGAGGUCAGGGCCUAUGCCGCCGGUUGAACCGCUGAUUUACAGGUUGUAUGAGGUUGUGCAGAAUUACGGGUAUGCUUUCAAGAGUGUGAUUAAUGAGAAGUUUGGGGAUGGGAUUAUGAGUGCUAUUUGCUUUGAUACAAAGGUGGAGAAGGAGACGGUGGAGGGCGCGGAUUGGGUUGUUAUUACGUUGAGGGGAAAGUGGCUGCCUUUCACGAGGUUCUAAGUGGGCAGAUGGUAAGACGGGAUAGUAGGGGAUUGAAUUCUCAUGGAGGACCCCUCAUUCAAGGGUUCGAGUGCUUCCCAGGAAGAGGGGAAAAGUCACGAUGGCUGGCUUGUGCCUGAGAUAGAACGAUCAAAUCACAAAGAUCAGGAUCUGGUGCCUGACAGGUGUUUUCUGGUUUCCUUUCAUGGUGUCUAGCAAAGAUGUUCGAGACAACGGUCGAGGUAACGGCUGAAGAAUAUCAUGGGCGAAUUUUCAAAUUGGAUUGUUUACUUGCUUUCAUCGGUAUCGCCGUGGCAGAAUAUCAAGGGCAAAAUGUUCGGCUAGAAUUGUUGGCUUUCUUUCACCGGUCCGAGGCGAGCCGGCGACAGGAGCUCGAGGCAAACACUUUCUCAAUGAACCUUUGCCUAUCACCAGGACUAGAUCCAGGGUUUUCUUACCUUGGGCUCUCUGACGGCAAAGACACGGGAUCCACAAUAGUAAGGGGCUCAGGGGGUCACAAUACUAAGAUGGCCACCACCGAACAGCUCUUUUGUCAAUAGCUAGCAAACCAAAGAAGCCAACUUUUUUCAUGAAAUCAAACAUCUGCUGCUCCCACAUUGUAA